GACGCCGCAAUAAUCGCUCCUCUGCCUUCCAUUCUACUCUCCUACACAUCAUUUGCCCUCUAGGCCUGACGGACCACCAGCGCACGGGCACGGUGCCCGCUCUGGACAUCUCAUAUUGCUAUUCGAUUUCAUCAACACGACCAAUCACACGCCCGUCAUGAUAGAGGACAAGUACAUCGGCUUGUCCCUGGCCGUGACCUCUACGCUGGGCAUCGGCGCAUCGUUCGUCAUUACGAAAAAAGGACUGAAUGCUGCUGCGCAACAAAAUGGGUUCGAAGGCGACGGAUUCGCAUAUUUGAAAAACCCCAUCUGGUGGGGAGGUAUUAUUACCAUGGUCAUUGGAGAGAUUUGCAACUUUUCCGCAUAUGCCUUUGCGCCCGCGAUCCUGGUGACUCCUUUGGGCGCGCUGAGCGUGUUGAUUGGAUCGGUGUUGGGGAGUUAUUUCCUGGAUGAAAGAUUAGGAGUGCUGGGGAGGGUCGGUUGUGCGAUUUGUCUGAUUGGGAGUGUGGUGAUUGUGUUGCAUGCGCCGCCCGACCAAGAGUUGAACAAUAUUGACGAGCUGCUACAUUAUGCCAUGCAAUUGGGUUUCCUGACGUACUGCACGAUCGUGUUGAUAUUCGCGCUGGUCAUGAUAUACAAGAUUGCGCCCGUAUACGGGAAGAAGAACCCCAUGGUGUACAUCAGCAUCUGCUCGACAGUAGGAUCCAUAUCGAUCAUGGCGAUUAAAGGCUUUGGCAUUGCGCUCAAGCUCACCCUCGGCGGCAACAAUCAGUUCACCCACCCUUCCACAUACGUCUUUGCGAUUGUGGUCGUAGUCUGCAUUCUCACGCAGAUGAAUUACUUCAACAAGGCGCUGGCGACCUACAGCACCAAUAUUGUUAACCCACUGUACUAUGUGACCUUUACAACCUGCACUCUCACAGCCUCCUUUAUCAUGUUUCGAGGCUUCAAUACCGCCGACGCCGUCAAUACCAUCUCCCUCCUCUGCGGCUUCCUCACCAUCUUCACCGGCGUCUACCUGCUCAACCUCUCCCGCGAAGACCCCGACGGAAUGAAUGCAGGCAUCAAAUCCGCCCGUGACGGCCGCGGCCAAUACCACGACAUUGACGGCAUCCCUACCGAUGGGCUCGCAGGCCUGCAAACCCGCUUGAGCAUGCAAAGUCGCAGAAGCGGCGAACUUCAUCAUCGGAGGAGUAAUAGUUGGAGUCUCCGAUCUCCGCGAUCUCGCUCCAGCGUCGAUUACGGAGCAGCAGCGGUCCAUUCUGCAACGACGACCAAUCACAUGACAAGAGGAGGUGAGCAACAACAACAACAACAAACACCACCACAGCAUCUAUUGCAUGCAUAUGACAUUGAAGCCAAUGCGUUGGGGGAUUUGGCGGAGGAUAGUGACGAAGACACGUUGAGUGGAUCGAAUCAGAAGCGGACCAGUUUUGAUCGCCACAGUAUGGGUGGGAUGGAGGGCAAGGGGAAUGGGAAUGGAAUGGGGAAUGGACAUGGAAAUGGAACGUUACGAAAUGGGACACUGCCUCGCAAAGAAAAGGUCGUGGUCGCUACUGCUGGUAUCGGUGGUGGUGGAAAGGGGUUUGAUUCCGAUCCGAAAAGGUAGCCAGUCAGUUCACCUACCCUCGGAGGUGGGGGUGGGAAUGAAAUGAAAUGGAACGGAAUGGAAUGGAAAUGGAAAUGAAAUCGAAACUUGAGAGAAAACAAAAAACUACAACAAUCAAAUAUACAACCAACAGUGCGAAACGGUAGCAUAGAGAGAAAGAAUCCAAUCAGUAUAAG